AUGCCCUGCUACACUUUCCCGGGGAAUCAGACUUUGCUGAGCUCCAAGACAUCGAGAGCCACAGGUACCGCCUUCUUGCUGCUGGCGGCGCUAUUGGGGCUGCCCGGCAACGGCUUUGUAGUGUGGAGCUUGGCGGGCUGGCGGCCCGCAGGGGGGCGACCAUUGGCGGCCACACUUGUGCUGCACCUGGCAAUGGCUGACGGCUCGGCACUACUACUCACGCCGUUCUUUGUGGCCUUCCUGACCGGGCAGGUCUGGCCGCUGGGCCCCGCAGGCUGCAAAGCCGUGUACUACGUAUGUUCGCUCAGCAUGUACGCCAGCGUCCUGCUCACCAGCCUGCUCAGCCUGCAGCGUUGCCUCGCCGUCACUCGUCCCUUCCUGGCGCCCCGGUUGCGCAACCCAGCCCUGGUCCGCCGCUUGCUACUUGCGGUCUGGUCAACUGCCCUGCUGCUCUCCAUACCGGCCGCCAUCUACCGCCGCCUCUGGCCAGACGACCUGUGUCAGUUGUGCCACCCGACGUCGAAUCACGCCGCUGUACAUCUUGGCCUGGAGACCCUGACCGCCUUCGUGCUUCCCUUCGGUCUAGUGCUCGGCUGCUACGGAGUGACGCUGGCGCAGCUGCGAGGCGCCCGCUGGGGCGCCAGGCGGCACCGGACGAGAGUGGGCCGGCUGGUGAGCGCCAUCGUGCUCGCCUUCGGCUUGCUCUGGGCCCCCUACCACGCAGUCAACCUUCUGCAGGUGGUUGCUGCGCUAGCUCCGCAGGAAGGGACCUUGGCGAGGCUCGGCGGGGCGGGCCAGGCUGCGAGGGCCGGAACUACAGCCUUGGCCUUCUUCAGCUCCAGCGUCAACCCGGUGCUCUACUUGUUCACUGCUGGGGACCUGUUGCCCCGGGCAGGUCCCCGUUUCCUCACGCGGCUUUUCGAGGGCUCUGGAGAGGCAUUUGGGGGUGGCCGCUCUAGGGAAGGGACCAUAGAGCUCCGAGCUACCCCUAGGAUAAAAGUGGUGGGGCAGGGCGGGAGCAAUGGGGACCCCAGAGGCCGGGUGGAGAGGGAAUGGGACCUUUGA